ACGUAUAAAUUUAGGAACAUGAGACAAGAGCCUCUGACAAGAACCAAGACGACAUGAAAGUCACCAGCAUCAACUGGACCCUGGCUGUGGUCAGCCUUCUUCUGUGGAGCAGUGGCACAUCUGCAGCUCCUACUGAGUGUCACAUCAACCUCAGAGCCUUAUGUAGGUUUGAGGGGAGACAGUACGCCCUGGGUGAAUCCUGGAUGGAGGACACGUGCGUGCAGUGCACCUGUCUGCACCCUGUUGGGGUGGGCUGCUGCGAGAUGGCCCAUCGGCCAGUGGACUUCCCAGCCUGGUGUGAGGUUCGGGUGGAUCCAGUCACGUGUAAAGUGUCUGUGGUCCAAACAGCUGAUCCUCGCCUGCUCUGUUUCCCUGAAGACCAACAGGAUCCCAGCCAUGAGUCUCUCCCGCUGCAGCAACAGCUCAAAGAGUAGACCAGUUUCAGACAACUUCCCUGAUAUUAAGUACAAAUUCAUUCAAACUCAUUCAUACAAAAAUAUGUAAUCUUUUUAUAAUGUAAAGCUCAACACACUUACCGGGAU